AUGGAGGAACUGCACAGGGGCGUCCUGCUCAACCGACAAGGCGAUGAUGCACCAUCCGCCGAUGCCGAAAAUACAUUACACCCGACCAUGGAAAGAGUCGAAAAUGGGACGUUCCUGUCUCCCACAGUCACCAAAGCACUCGACGAGCUUAAUGCCACGGCCACGCCUAUAUCAACCGAGCCUGAGACUCAUAUACCCUUGGUCGGGAAUACUAGCACUUAUGCAUUCCGGAUCAUCAUCUGCAGUCUCGCGGCGCUAAUCCUCAUCCCGGCCGUAGCGGUGAUUAUAUUUAUCUACGUUCGUCGUUGUAUCGGACGAGACAAGCCAUAUGGAGGCACCCAGGACGACGAGGCGCGUGAGCCCAUGUACCGUGACUCGAUCCAGCUCAAAGACUACGAAAGCGAGGGGGACGAGUCCAGUACUGGCGACCUAGCGGCUUCUUCUCCCAGCAACGAUACACCCGCCGGCUAUGUCGAUGUUCCAAUUGGCAAGGCUGGGCAGUAA